GUGAAGGUAAACUUCACACAGCGCACAACAGCUGUUUAUUUUUUGAGAAACAACAGCGAUAAAAUGCCAGGCCCUAAAAGAAAAAUGCAAUCUUCUGAACCUCCAGUUAAGAAGAAAAGGGUGGAUCAGAGUUUGGUAGCAUCUGAUAAAUCUGGUCGAAUGUAUCAGAUGCCCCAGAGGUCUACAAGGGCUGGAGCUUCACAAAAGAAAGAUUUAGUUCAGUCCAAAGGUUCUUCAGGACGCCUGAAAAAGGGGAGGGAAGGGCAACCUCGUCGGUCCUCCAGACUGAAAACAAACCCAAAGAAAUUGGCAAAUAGAAAAAGGCAGAGAGUAUCAAAUACUGUGUCAAAAGAAACAGGCUCCAAGCAUGGUGCUGCAGUUUCAGAUACACCUGGUGACAAAACAUGUCAGACUUUGCCAGUCCUAAAAAAAGGAAGCCGGAAAUACUCUCCAAGAGUGAAGAGAGGUAAAUGUCAGUCUCCCCCUUUGGAAAGAGUGAACACGGUGUUAACAGCUCUUGACCCUGUCCUAAUAGAGCACAGCUAUGUUCAACCUCCUGAUUCACAAAGUGAAGAGACAACAAUGCAAGACAAACGCAAGGCUGGAGGAAACGCGGGCCUGACGGACCAAGAUCCUGCCGUGUGUGUUUCAUUGACCGUAGAGAAUGAAGCCAUUGAAGCCAUUGAAGCUAAGCCACCAAGCGUGAUAUCAGUUGAGCAAAAAGAGCUCUCAAAUGAUACCAGUGAGAAAAUGCCUGUAAAUGUAGACGCUAAGGUGAGUCUGACGAGACAUUCCUCACCACCUCUCCAAGCACUUUUUAAAGUUAUUCAAGAGACUAGCUUCAGCAAACAUGGCUUUAAUAGUAAAAAUAUCUCUGUGGAUGAGCUUGAGGUGGUGAAUACAUGUUUCCUGCAGGAUACUGUUCAGAGUACAGAGAUCUCUGGUCCACCUGGAAUAAUGCAGUGCCCUCUCACAUCAGAGAUUUUUUUUAAGCUUGAUGAUAUUGGGAUUGAACACUGUGUGGUUGAGAUCGAAACUGUGGAAGAAGUAGUUGAGGCUGAAACAGAGGAGGACUCAGUCGGUGACUGUGUAGCCUCCGAAAAUAACCAACAACCACCCCAGGACUUGCAGGAAUCAACUGGACUCAAAGAAACCAGCAGAGCUGUGGUAUGCAAGGAGAGCAUGUUGACUCCUUCCCUGCCACAGGACAGUGCAAAAGACUCCACUCAAGGUUCCCCUGCACAAGCGAGCUCUGAACCUCCUAAGAAGCAAGCGAUGAACCCUCAGGCCAGAACCAAAGCUCGCCUGGCAGCACUGGCUGAAGAGAGGGCUGCCGCUGCUAAGAAACCGGCCCCCAAGCAGCUCAAUCUCCUGGCUCUGUGCGAGGAGAUCGCAGAUGACAUUGCUUCUGACACAGCAACGGCCAGCGAAGAAACAGUGGAAGGAAUCGCCCCGUCUGAUGACGUGAACCACAGCAAACUUGAGGUGGAGGAUUCACUUCUCCCCACUGCUUCUUGUGACCCGCUUCCCUCUGAAAGCCCAACUGAGGACACGGUUGAGGACACAGCUGAGCACACACUACAAGAGAAAACCCCCACGAAGCGCUUCUUCCUCAGCCAAGUGAACGUCCCGCUCAAAACGCAAGAGAAGAAGAAGCUGUCCCGCUUCCAGAGACUGCGGCAGGUGGAGCUGCAGAGGGAUAAACUGACGUGGACACGUGUUAAGAAGCUGAAGACCGAACAGGCUAGUCAGGACACCGUGAAAGACUCUGUGCAGUCGCCUGUCUCGGCAUCUGCUAGACAAGACAGCCCUCCUCCCGAAAUUGUCUCGCCAGCUGCGCCCAAAGUGGGACUCGGUGAACGCAGGAGGGCCCUCCCUGCUGUAGCUCCACCCAUGCCCAACGGGAUUACCAGCCCAAAGCCCAAGCCUGUUAUAGACUAUAAGGCGUACAAACCCAGACCAAAGUACUCACCGGAUGACUUUGAGCUGGAUGGACCAGAAGAAGAAAGCGGCAAGUCAGUUACCCCCAGACACGAGGGGAGAAUGGAGCAUCCCUCAUCUGUGGCAGACGAGCCCUCGAAAACCUUGGCAAGUCAGGCAUGUCCCCAGGGUCCUGCAGUGUCUGCAGACAGCACACCGAAAUCCUCCAGCGACCAAGAACAAAUAUCAGCAGAAAAUUCACAGACCACAAACAGAAGUAGCUGUGGAUCAGACACAGAGCUUCAUAAAGAGUUCAAGAACAAUUUAAAGUCGGCGAAUACAGGAGGAGAGCAAACCAGCUUAGAUAGGAGCCAGAAUGCGUUUGGAGCAGUGACCUGCAACAUAUGUGGGAUGCUGUACUCUCCCUCCACCACAGAGGACGAGACCCAGCACCUGCUCUUCCACAACCAGUUCAUCAGCGCUGUCAGAUAUGUGGGAUGGAAGAAGGAGAGGAUUUUAGGAGAGUACCCAGAUGGCAAGAUUAUACUCGUCCUCCCAGAUGACCCCAAAUAUGCACUGAAAAAGGUGGAGGAGAUUAGAGAAAUGGUGGACAAUGACCUGGGCUUCCAGCAAGUGGAGACUAAGGUCCCUUCCCAAACCAAAACUUUUCUCUUCAUUUCAAAUGACAAGAAGGUGGCUGGGUGCCUGAUUGCUGAGCACAUUCAGGAGGGCUACAGGGUGAUAGAGGAGCCACUGCCAGAGGGUUCAGAGGGGGAGAAGGUGAUGUAUGAGCGUCAGAGGGCAUGGUGCUGCUCUAUUGUCCCAGAGCCGGCCGUAUGUGGGAUCAGCCGUAUCUGGGUUUUCAGCAUGAUGAGGCGGAGAGGCAUCGCCUCGCGUAUGAUCGAGUGCCUGAGGAACAAUUUCAUCUAUGGAUCUCAUUUGAGCAAAGAUGAGAUUGCUUUCUCUGACCCCACACCCGAUGGCAAGCUUUUUGCUACACAUUACUGUGGGGAAAAAUGUAUGAACUCUACUGCUGCAAGCAAUGUCUCUCCUUCGAGGCUUCCUUACAACAGACCCUUCUCAACAACAGAACCCUUCUUUUUGAUCUCAGGUUGAAAAUCAACUGAAAAUCGGAAAAUCGUUUGAGGCUAGUUUUUUUUUUUUUUCCAAGCGUUUAAGCAUAUGUUAAAACUGUUUGCACAUGAAAUUUCAGUAUUACAAUAUAGCACUGUAAAUUGGAAAAUUGAAAAAAAUGCCUAAACCAAUCAAUGACUAGCUUAUGAAUUUUUGCACCAGCAAAACAUUUUUUACACAUGCUAAAUGCUUUAGUCCAUUUUGAUUCUGUUUGGCUCUUCCUUGCAACUACUUUCAGAGCAUAUUUUUUUAUGCAGUGUAUCCUAGUUGGACUUCAUUGAGAUUUUAUAUGCAUGGCAUUUGGCAAUGAAAGCAAUAGAUACCAUUUUCUGCUAAUAAUUUCAGUUAUCACUAUAAGUACAGUACAAGCUGUACUAAAUACAACCACCCACCCACCCCGACAUGCCAAAAUGACUCAGCCCUCUCAUUUUAAUAGUUGUAGGUAAUGAUUUGGUUUUUAUGUGCCAGUGUAUUUAAUUAUAUUAAUUUACUCCAACAGCCUGUCUAUAGAAAUAUACACUUUUAUCAUUUUGUAAGAACGUUUUCAGUGAUGCAGAAGGGAAAAUUAAUAUUAAAACGGGCUUCAGCAGCUCAGUGCCACAAGUUGUAACUAGAUCAUCCUGUAGCAUAACCCUGAAAACUGAAAUGCCCCUUACAUUUUAAAGUCCGUGUCUGGGGACACAACCUUCAAGCCAUAAAAAAAAAUCCUCUAGAAGAAAUGGGUCCCCUUUUCCUUUCUACUACUUGUUUCCUCCACCUACAUCAUGUCCCCUGAAGUCAGGCACAAUUUUUGGUACCUAGACAUCACAGCACAGCAAGCGUGGAGGGGAGAGUCAUUCUUGUAACAUGCCCAUGAUUAUCUCUUUGUAUUAAUGGGAAAAGGAAAAUGACCAAUCAACCAAUCAGACCAUGAGCAAAAUGUACUUUUUUGUGGAUUAAUAGUCAUGAUUAACAGUGACAUUUCUGGCAACCCAACUUUUCACACAUCUCUCCUAUGGAAAUAGUGCCUUAGCAGGUUGAAUUACUCCGGAGUCGUGUCGUCGUUCCAGUCUCGAUCAAAACAAGAUGAUCAGAAAUCAAACAAAAAUGCUGCAUCUGGGAUCAAUUGAUUACAUCAACAACUAAGUUUCAUGAGAAAUAAAGCAGGUUAUCCCAAUACAUUACUGGACUACCUUUUGAUACACUUGUUAAUAAAUAAAACAGUGUCCUCCAGAAUUCUUGGCGUUGGUUGUUAAGGGGGGAGGGGUAUGAAAAAUGUCAUUUGUUUCUCAGUUUAUUCUUUUACAUUCAAUUUUUUUAAAUCAAAUAAAUAUUUUUCCCAAAAAUGUGUCAA